AGAAGACAAACAUAGGAUUUUUUAGAAAAAAAAAACGAAGAAAAAUGUCAAAAAAUCAAGAAAAUACAAAGAUUAAUAUAUAUAUUAGUAAAAUUAAGAUAUUUUUUAGUAAAUAUUAUGGGAUCGGUAUUCUUGUGCUUUCUCAUACAUUAUUAUCAACAGUCAAUGCAUGUGUUAAAAUGUUAUAUCAAAAUUCUGUUAGAUCAUGGAAUGCUUUUCAAAUUAUUCUUAUUAGAAUGGUACCUACAUAUAUUUUGGCAAUAAUAUAUUAUAAAUGUGCAGAAACUAUGGAGAAAGGCGCAAGUAAUAUAAAUACUAGAAUUUUCCUCUUUCUUCGUGGAUUUUUUGGGUUUAUAGGGAUUUAUUGCACUUAUUAUUCGAUACAUCAUUUAGAUCUUUCAGAUGCUACAGCACUUUCGUUUUUAAAUCCUAUUUUUAUAAAUUUAUUAGGACAUCCUAUUUUAUAUCAAACUUUUAAUUUCUUUGAUAUUUAUGCUGCAUUAGUUUCUUUUAUUGGAGUAAUGUUUAUUGUAAAGCCGAGUUUUAUUCUAAAUAAUCACUUUUUUCAUGCACUUCAUGAUAAUUAUUCUACUUCUGAGAUAAUAUCUUCUGCAAAUUCUAAAGAAAGGGUAUUAGCUAUUAUGAUUUCACUAAUUGGAGUCUUAGCGGUAUGCUUUUCAUAUAUAAUUAUUAAAAAGUUGGGUGAUAGUAUAAAUUCGCUACAACCUAUUUUAUGGUACUCAUUAAUAUCGUCCAUUGGUUCUAUAUUGUUUCUUAUUUCCUUUAAUUCGCCUUUUAAUUUACCUUUAAAUUUCUUAGAAGUGUUUUUAUUUUUUGUUAUUGGUAUUUCUGGUUUUUUUGCUCAGGUUUUUCUUACAAGGGGAUUACAAAUAGAAAAGAUUGGACGUGCAUCUUCUGUUAUAUAUUUGCAGAUCAUAUUUUCUCUUUUUUAUGAUAGAGUUUUAUGGGGAAAAUUUCCUGAUAUAUGGAGUUUCUGUGGAAUUGUUUUAAUUCUUAUUGGAACAGCAAUGACUAUAAUUGGUCGCAAUAAAGAAAAUGAGAAUCCAGAUAAUAAAUCACGAUAUAUUUCUCUUCAUCAAUUAAAAUCAGAUGAAUUGCUUGAAGAUAUAUAAAAAUUUAUAUUAUAAAAAUUUCAAGGUUUAUCAAUAAAAUAUAAU